GGCGCACAACCGCAGCCCUCGAGCUCGGAGCAACGCCGUGACUCGCGGCGGGUUUCCCGCGUCUCCUACAAGGAGGACUACGCCAACCUCGACGAGUACGGCAAACUGGUCAAGUAUGCCUCGACCUAUCGCGAGGGUGGGCGAGGCGACGAAGGGCAGGGCGAGGAGGAGAUGAAGCGCGUGUGGUACGCGCCCUGGAAGAAGCGCAAGGUCUUCGUCAAGCACGUCGAUCAGCAGCAGGGCUACCCGGAGGAGUGGCUCCUCACGGACAUCCGCCAGGGCUUGUCCAGCAGCGAAGUGCCGGACCGCCGGCGUCGCUCGGGCUGGAACGAAUUGACCUCCGAGAAGGAGAACCCCAUCGCCAAGAUCCUAUCCUACUUUCGGGGUCCGAUUCUUUAUGUCAUGGAACUCGCCGUGCUUCUUGCCGCGGGUUUGGAUGACUGGAUCGACUUUGGUGUCAUCAUCGGUAUUCUUUGCUUGAAUGCCGCGGUGGGUUGGUACCAGGAAAAGCAAGCCGCGGACGUGGUCGCCAGUUUGAAGGGCGAUAUCGCCAUGAGAGCAACGGUCAUUCGUGAUGGCCAGCAGCAGGAGAUUCUCGCUCGGGAGCUUGUUCCAGGUGACGUGAUUAUCGUUUCCGAGGGCCAUGUCAUCCCUGGCGACGCUAAGGUGAUUUGCGACUACAACGACCCCGAUGGAUUUGAGGAGUACAAGAGAAUGCUGGAGCAAGGCGAUCUCAGCAGUACCUCCGAGUCCGACCUCGAGGACAACGAGCCCGAGAAGCCCGGAAAGCAAGCCGAGGCCGGCGGGGAGGACCCCGAGAAGGACCAACCGCAGUCGAAGCCCAAGCGCGGGUACCCCAUCCUGGCCUGCGAUCACUCGGCCAUCACCGGCGAGUCCCUGGCCGUGGACCGCUAUAUGGGUGGGAUGAUCUACUACACCACCGGCUGCAAGCGCGGCAAGGCCUAUGCGGUGGUGCAGACCGGUGCGAGGAACUCGUUUGUCGGCAAGACCGCCAGCAUGGUGCUGUCCGCCAAGGGCGCGGGCCACUUCGAGAUCGUCAUGGAUAACAUCGGAACGUCGCUGUUGAUCCUGGUCAUGGCGUGGAUCCUGGCGGCGUGGAUCGGUGGCUUCUUCCGCCACAUCCCCAUCGCCUCGCCGGGCCAGCAGACGCUGCUGCACUACACCCUUGCUCUGCUGAUCAUCGGUGUUCCCGUCGGUUUGCCUGUGGUCACGACGACGACCAUGGCCGUGGGAGCCGCGUACCUGGCGAAGAAGAAGGCCAUCGUGCAGAAACUGACAGCUAUCGAAUCUCUAGCAGGCGUUGAUAUCCUUUGCUCGGAUAAAACCGGCACACUAACGGCGAACAAACUCAGCAUUCGCGAGCCAUACGUGGCGGAAGGCGUGGACGUGGACUGGAUGUUCGCGGUGGCGGUGCUGGCCUCGUCUCACAACAUCGAAUCCCUGGACCCGAUCGACAAAGUGACCAUCCUCACGCUCCGCCAGUACCCGAAGGCCCGUGAGAUCCUUCGCCGCGGCUGGAAGACGGAGAAGUUCACACCGUUCGACCCGGUGUCGAAGCGCAUCGUGACAAUCGCCAGCUGCGACGGCACCCGGUACACGUGCACCAAGGGCGCACCGAAGGCGGUGCUCCAGCUUACUAACUGCUCCAAGGAGACAGCGGACCACUACAAGACCAAGGCGCAGGAAUUCGCGCACCGCGGGUUCCGCUCGCUGGGCGUCGCCGUACAGAAGGAGGGUGAAGAUUGGACGCUCCUGGGGAUGCUGCCGAUGUUCGACCCGCCGCGCGAAGACACGGCGCAGACGAUCACGGAGGCGCAAAAUCUAGGCAUCAGCGUCAAGAUGCUGACGGGCGACGCGAUCGCGAUAGCCAAGGAGACGUGCAAGAUGCUCGCCCUGGGAACCAAGGUGUACAACUCGGACAAGCUGAUCCACGGCGGGCUCAGCGGAGCCAUGGCAGGCGACCUGGUCGAGAAAGCCGACGGCUUCGCGGAGGUGUUUCCCGAGCACAAAUACCAAGUGGUGCAGAUGCUGCAGGACCGGGGCCACCUGACGGCGAUGACAGGCGACGGGGUCAACGACGCGCCGUCCCUGAAAAAAGCCGACUGCGGCAUUGCGGUCGAAGGCGCGUCCGAGGCCGCCCAGUCCGCCUCGGAUAUUGUCUUCCUCGAGCCGGGCCUGUCGACGAUCAUCGACUCGAUUAAGGUCGCGCGCCAGAUCUUCCACCGCAUGAAAGCCUACAUCCAGUACCGCAUCGCGCUGUGCCUGCACCUGGAAAUUUACCUCGUGACGAGCAUGAUCAUUCUAAACGAGAGCAUCCGCGUUGAACUUAUCGUCUUCCUGGCCCUCUUCGCCGAUCUCGCAACAGUAGCCGUCGCUUAUGACAACGCCUCCUUCGACCUGCGACCCGUGGAAUGGCAACUCCCGAAGAUCUGGUUCAUCUCCGUGCUGCUAGGCCUGCUUCUCGCCCUGGGCACAUGGGUCGUCCGCGGUACGAUGUUCUUGCCGUCCGGGGGCAUUAUCCAAAACUGGGGCUCCAUCCAAGAAGUGUUGUUUUUGGAAGUCGCCCUCACCGAAAACUGGCUCAUCUUCGUCACCCGCGGCAUGGACACCUGGCCGUCGAUCCACUUAGUCACCGCAAUCCUUGGGGUCGACGUCCUGGCCACAAUCUUUUGUCUGUUUGGAUGGUUCAGCAACCAGGACAUGCCGACGAUCCCGAAAGACCAAUUCGUGGAGACCACGAACGGCUGGACGGAUAUCGUGACGGUGGUGCGCGUCUGGGGCUACUCGUUGGGCGUCGAGAUCGUGAUCGCGCUCGUGUAUGUGAUGCUGAACAAGUUCAAGUGGCUCGAUAAUCUGGGCCGCGCCAAGCGUGACAAGGGGGACCUCAAGAUUGAGAAUCUGUUGGGUCAUUUGGCGCGGUUGACGGUCGAGUACGAGGAGCCCGGGAAGCCCAAGGGCCGCUUCUCGUUGGCGGCCUCGAAGGAAGAGGAGGAGCUGGAGUAGAUGGGCUGGGGAUGUGCGGGAGCGCGAGUGGGUGAUUUCGGUGGGGUGGAAGGGAGAUAAGCUGCUGGAGGAUUGAUUCGGGGAGAGAAGAAGCGAAGGAUAGGAGACAGAGGGAAGAAGGAGUAGGGUAUUUGGGUUGGGAUUGGGUUGAGGAGGAGUAUCAGAAGUACGGUUACGGGUUACGGGGGAUUUGUUUGAUGCUGCGCUGCUGCUGGGUAAUUGUUCAGUACUUAAUUAAUAUAUAGGGCUGUCCGACAGGGCAGACCAUAGUG